CGCCGCGCCCGCGCUCUGGCCGGGGAGCUCCGGGGUGCGAGAGCGCGCGGUCCCGGGGCGCGGCGUGGGGCGGGGGGCGGCGGGGCCUUUCCGCGCCUCGCGGCUCUUUGUGGGGACUGCGGCCCUCGGCUGCCGCUCGUGCCCGCGGGCAGCAUGCGGCGGGAGAGCGACUGCGCGGAAGAGAAGGCUCCCGCCAAGGGAGAAGGGGGCGCCGAGGGGGCCGUGCGGGCCCGCAAGAGGAAAGCCGAUGUGGCCACGUUUCUCCAGGAUCCCGACGAAGAAAUGGCCAAAAUUGAAAUGAGUAGGAAAAAGCAGUACGAAAACCAGCUGUCCUGGAAUAACAUUAACAAAGAUCCCCAUGUGCUGAUUCCUACUCCAGAUAAAGAUGAUGAUCCAGUUGGUGUUGAUUACUCUCACUUCAUACAUCUGAAUGUUGCUUCAACUAGAUCUUCACCACUACCAAUUCUGGGCUGGGCAAACAGAGAUGAUGUAUGGAAAAACAUGAUAAACAAAGAGGAGACAUAUGUGAGGGACAAACUGUACAUGCAAAGGCACCCUCUCCUGCAACCUAAAAUGCGAACAAUCCUUCUAGACUGGCUAAUGGAGGUUUGUGAAGUCUACAAGCUUCAUAGAGAAACUUUUUAUUUAGCACAAGAUUUCUUUGAUAGAUUUAUGGCAACACAACAGAACGUUGUAAAAACACUAUUGCAACUUAUUGGGAUCUCUUCUUUAUUCAUAGCAGCAAAGCUUGAGGAAAUUUAUCCACCAAAGUUGCACCAGUUUGCCUAUGUUACAGAUGGAGCUUGUACAGAAGAUGAAAUCCUUAGUAUGGAAUUGAUCAUUAUGAAGGCUCUUAAUUGGAACUUAAAUCCACUGACAGUUGUAUCAUGGCUAAACAUUUACAUGCAAGUUGCCUAUUUAAAUGAGCUUUACGAGGUAUUGUUGCCACAAUAUCCACAACAAAUAUUUGUACAAAUAGCAGAGCUCUUGGAUCUCUGUGUGCUGGAUAUUGGCUGCUUGGAGUAUACAUAUGGUGUACUUGCAGCUUCUGCUUUGUACCACUUCUCCUCAUCUGAGUUGAUGCAGAAAGUUUCAGGUUAUGAAUGGUGUGAGAUAGAGGAAUGUGUAAAAUGGAUGGUUCCAUUUGCUAUGGCUAUAAGGGAAGUAGGAAGCUCCAAACUCAAACACUUUAGAGGUAUCGCUCCUGAAGACUUGCACAAUAUACAGACGCACAUAAACAGCUUGGAUUUGCUGGACAAAGCUCAAGCAAAACAAGCCAUAUUGGCUGAGCAAAAUAGGACUUCACCUUUCCCCACUGGUGUCCUUACACCACCACAAAGCAGUAAGAAGCAGCCCGCUGGACUGAAGCCGAUAUGACUGUACAGACUGUUUACAGAUGACUUUGCUGAAGUGCCUGUUCUGCUGGUUCUAACUCCUGCUCCAUUAUGGAAAUGCUGCCGGUGACAUUCAUAAGCUUUUAUGGAAUUUGAAAAGGAAACCUUAUCUUUUUCAUGACAGAAGAUUUUUUUCUAUUUGAAAUAUUUUUAUUGAACGUUAAAAUAUUUUAUAGAAAUGGAUCGAGUACGCCAGCCACUUAAAAGAACACCGAAGAGUGCUCCAAAUGCUGCUAUUGAGGGUGAUGCUUGAUGUGACCAACUGUUCAGAAAAAAAGGCUUAAAGUUUGGGUUAUUUACCGUGCCUGUUUGUCUUUUGAAUAAUCAGCAGUUAUGCAGUCCCCUGUUGACAACUGGGCAAGACAUGCUGUGCAAGGCCACGUUUCAAAGCCUCUUUUUCAAAUGGUUGGCUUACAACCUGAUGCCUUUUCAAAAAAAUCUUUAUUGUAAAUGCUGCUAUGUCUCUGUGUAUCCAUUUUUAAUAAAAAUGCUGUCUAAGACAGCUGGUUUUAUGUA